AUGGCGGCGUUCUCUGCCCUCGCCGCGCCCGCGGCGCACCCCGCGCGGGAGACCUUCUCCUCCAUCGAAGGCGUGCUCUCCACCAGGGUCGGGUACACCGGCGGGGACGCGCCGAGCCCGUCGUACGGCAGCGUCUGCGCGGGCGACGGGCACACGGAAGCGCUGAAGAUCGAGUUCGACCCCUCCGUGGUGUCGUAUCGAUCGCUCCUCGACGUGUUCCUCGCCCAGCACGACCCGUGCGUCUCGUUCACGACGCAGUAUCAGUCCGCGGUGUGGCCGACGACGGAGGCGCAGAAAAACGCGGUGAUGGACGCCCUCGACGCGUACGAAGCGAAGCGCGGGCGCGCCGCGAUGACGACGGUGGCGCCGCCGAAGGCGUGGCACGACGCGGAGUGGUACCACCAGCGGUACAACGCGAAGAACAAAAUACGACUGGCGCUGUUCGCGGGGGUGUUCGCGUGCAACGCGCUCCCGCACGGGUCGUUCCCGGGACAAGAGCAGCUGAAGACCGUGUUAGGGGGUCUGGUGUUCCUGUCGUUGCUCCCGCAGCUGUUCGCGCCGAUCGACAACGUGCUCUCGAAGUUCGACUGA